AUGUUGUGCUCUGUCUGCGUGAAUUUUGACGUACGCGGUUUGCUCCUAAAAGCUGCCGCUCAACGGCCCAAAGGAUUCAAUGACCCUACGGCUCCCCAAACCCUCGAGGCUCUUCGUCCAAAGAUGCCUUACUUUUUCAAACAUCAUCCAAACCUCCUAGCACUUCGGGCGUCCGCUAGUGAUUGCGAUCUUUGCAGCUGUAUCUGGCAAUCUUAUGUCGCAAAGUCUCACCCAAGCGAGCUUAGUGACGAGGCACUGAGUCAAGGUAAGAGCGUGCAUCAGAUAUUCAUCGGAACUGAAGGCUGGGACGUUACACUCCACAGCUUGCCUCAUGUCAUUGUCCACCAAGACAGAGACAGCCACGAGGACCGCAGUUCCAAGUUGAUUCAGAUGCGUUCCCUGGCUUCGUUUGAAGUUUGUGCAGAUAGACGGUCAACGGAAUGCCUGCAGUUGGCAGCACAGCUGCUCAAGAGCUGCACAAAUACGCAUGGCCCGUGUCGCGCCCAAUACCCCCUUCUGUCAGAGCUACCGACAAGAAUAAUCGAUAUUGCGGGAGUGAACCCAGCGCUUGUCGAUGGUGGAGGGCAUAAUGAUACAUAUGUCGCUCUUUCCUACUGCUGGGGUGGUGACGGAGACUUCAGGCUUACGGGCGCAACAGAACAGUCGUUUCGCCAAGGUCUGCCACUCAGCCAAUUUCCGCCCACUUUCCGUGAUGCUAUUGUGGCCACAAAAGCUCUCGGUUUCCGCUACAUUUGGAUUGAUGCCCUGUGCAUUAUACAAGAUUCGCCGCAUGAUUGGGAAGUAGAGGCUAGCAGGAUGCGUGAAGUUUAUAGAGGGGCUGUCGUAACCAUCGCAGCAGCAUGCGCGUCUAGAACUGGGGAGGGCAUCUUCCGAGGACGACCGCAAGCAGCUUAUCCUAGAUGCUGGCUUGAAUGGAGGAACGGAGACCAAUCUACACCAAAGGUUUUCCUCCGUCCCGGGACAGAACUAUGGGACCAGAAGAUGCGUCAAAGUGUCUUGAACACCAGAGGCUGGGUUUUACAGGAGACCCUCUUGGCUCCUCGGACGUUAUGGUUCGGCCACCAACAGAUUAGUUUCGAGUGUCCGAAGGGUAGCGUGGAUGAAGGGGGCCGGUCCCUUAGGCUCGUGGAAUUGUACCGCAGCAAAGAGUCCAUCCAGGUUUUGCGUACGCAUGUUUUCCCUGCGUGGAAGCGACGACUCCUGCCUAUCCUUCGAAGCCUGCACUUGCCUUUGGCUAUACAUUUCCCGUGGCCUUCUUUGACCGAUAUUGCUCGGGCAAGAGACUUGGAGACAUUGCGCCAUAGAGCUAUACCUUGGAGGCCGCUCACCUUGCAAGGUAGUUUCGUGCAUCCUGCACAACCAAGUGUGUUAUCGCAUUUUGACUUCUGGGUGCAGAUCGUUGGAAACUACUCCUCUCGAGAGCUCACAAAGCCCACUGAUGUUCUUCCGGCACUGUCGGGACUUGCGAGCGAGUUUCAUCGAGCUACAGGCGACACGUAUGUCGCUGGGUUGUGGAAGAUGGACAUAAUACAAGGUCUUAGCUGGAUAAGGCACGCAAGAAUAGAAUCACCCAGCGGGUGGUUGCAACCCGUACCAACAUUACCGGAGCAAUACAUUGCCCCGUCAUGGAGUUGGGCGAGUACAUUGGGGAAAAGAGUAACUUUCUUGAGCACGAGCCAAUUCGAUCAUAUCGAACGCCUUGCAAAGGUCAUCGAUGUCGACGUUCAACUUGCCACAAACGACACUUUCGGUGCCGUUAAGUGCGGCAGCAUAAUUCUGCAGGCUCCAUUUCUUGUCCUUCCUUGCCAGGAUAUCCUUGAGGCCCCUCACCCAACGUCUCGAUAUCCGAAGGUAUUGGCACGAUUAUACACCGAUUUGCGCGGGUUAAGUGAAUAUGGACAAAAGCACCGGGGUUAUCCAGGACAACAAUUUGCUGUCCUACAAUUGCUAAAGUGCCGGCCUCCGCUUAGCACCAUUACCAUCUAUGCAAGUUUCCUGCUGCUUGAAAGCGUUGAAGGGGAUAACAGUUGGAGACGAUUAGCGUGUGUGCGUCUCAAGAUUCGAGACAAGACUAUUCCAGAGACUGCGGUCGAUGAUCUAGCGAUUUGGACGGAAAUUAAACGCGACGUUAAAAUACAUACUGUAAAAAUCGUUUAA